CUUGAGGAUUGGGGUGGCCCGCAUAAGAAAGCCAAUAGAUCAGAGAAGAACAAGAAAAAAUUUGGUCCAGGAACAGAGACUCUAAUUACGAAUGACAUUUCUCCAGAGUCUUCACCAGGAGCCGGGCGUCGUAAAACAAAAGCUCCACAUACAUUUCCUUACACAAGAUAUGCUACUCAGAUGUCUGUUCCUGAACAGGCCGAGUUGGAGAAACUUAAACAGAGAAUUAAUUUCAGCGAUCUUGAUCAGAGGAGUAUUGGAAGUGAUUCUCAAGGAAGAGCCACAGCUGCAAAUAACAAACGCCAGCUUGGAGAUAACAGAAAGGCAUACAACUGUUUGCCUUUACAAAUAAACACAAAUAAAAGCAAAGAUGCCAUUGUAGGGUCUCAUUGUAAGGAAAUUGGAGACUCAUCGCAGUUUAAGGAUUUACUUCUACCACCUGUGAGCCGAGAGACUUUGCAAGAUGAUCACCCUUUUCAGAUUGAAGAUGGAAGAAGGGAUCUAGUAAUAGACAGCGGUCAGCUUGUGAGCAAACUCGUUCAGAUUCGAGAUUAUAUUACAAAGGCCUGCUCCAUGCGUGACGAUCUCGUGGAAAAAAAUGAAAGAUCUGCAAAUGUUGACAGACUUUCUGAGCUUAUAGAACAUUUAAAGGAACAAGAAAAGUCUUACAUGAAGUUUUUACAAAAAAUGUUGGCAAGAGAGAAUGAAGAGGAAGAAGAUUUUCGUACUAUUGAUUCUGCAGCUGGUUCUGGUUCGGUAGCUGAGAGCACAUCCCUGAAUGUUGAUACUCAGUCGGUGGCUUCUGAUGUUACGGAAGUAUCUCUUAGUGUGAGAAUUCGGCCCCGCAUUGAGGACAAUCUAGGGAAUUCUACUUCACAAGGACAGGUUUCAGAAAGUGACGUAACUCCAUCUUCAAAAGAGAAAAGUGAGAAGGCUGCUGUGAAUGGCAGGGAAAUCUGGACUAGUAGGAUAAAUAGCAAGGACCCUGGAUUGCUGUCAAAGAUGGAUUACAGGUGUACUUUUUCAAUUGCAGCUGUAACUGAAACUACUGGAAGCAUUUCUGGCUUAAGUAUCACUUCAGAACUGAACGAGGAGCUGAAUGAUUUAAUCCAGCGAUUCCACAACCAGCUGUGUGACUCUCAGACUCAGCCUGUUCCUGAUAACCGAAAGCAAGCUGAAAGUCUGUCGCUCACCAGAGAGGUUUCAAGAAGUCAUAAUUCUUCCCCUUCAGGAUGUUUAUCUGAAGAGAAAGUUCAGCUAGCCAAACUGAAAUUACUUAAGGACAAAAAGCAAAAAAUGGAUAAACUUUUGGAUGAGCUGCACUCCUUGCAAGAGCAACAUUUGAACAAUAGUUCAGCUAUUUUAGGCUCUUCUCAUCGAGGUUCUGAACAAAGAAGUGUGACGUUAUCGACUGUCCCACUUACAAAUCAGGAACCUACUAGUCUAGCGGCUUCUGCUUGUCAGCUUGGUUCUGCAGCCUCUCGGGAAGAAAGUGAAGAUGACAUCCUUAACCCAAAAGAAAAACUUAGGAAACUUCAGGAGGUUCAUAAGCGUUUAAAUGAGCUACGUGAACUAGUUCAUUACUACGAGCAGACCUCUGAUAUGAUUACAGAUGCAGUAAAUGAACACAGUAAAAAUGAAGAUGAUACUGAAGAAUCCAUUUAUGACUCUGAACAGGAGAGUUCACAGCCCGUUACUAACGUUAGAAGCACACCAAGAAGGGGCAACUGGUUUGAAAGUCAAAGUUCCAGUACACAAUGUGGUACCAAUAAUCAAGAUAGGCUGUUGAAUGCUGCUUGUGAAAUCAACAACCGUGCUGCUGUGAAUGUAAGGACCCUGAAUGUGCCUACUGCAUUUGAUUGCAGAUAUAAUCCUGAUGGUGAAAAUGAGGCUGAUAAGGAUGGAGAAGCACAAGAUGAGGAUGAUGAACCUGAGGAAGAAAAUGUCAGUGAUGGCAGUGUAACAAGUCGUAGGAGCAGUUUAGCUGAUGAGUCUCCUCCUGAUCCUGAGUUUCAGCAGAAGAUUGACAGGCUUCUAGCUGCCAAACAAAAGCUUAAACGGUUACAAGAGCUUGUUGCUAUGGUACAGGAUGAAGAUGAUUCAAAGGCAUCUGCUGGAGAAGAAUCUAAGAGAGCAAAUUUCUCAGUUACUGCAUCUGAGGCAAAAGAGCAGCCUAACAACACCAGACCUGGUGUAACCAGAAGUCCGAAUGAAGUAGCACUGAAUGAAAAGGCAAGGGAAAAAUUUUAUGAAGCAAAGCUUCAGCAGCAACAGAGAGAGCUUCAGCAGUUACAGGAAGAAAGAAAACGUCUGAUUGAAAUUCAGGAAAAAAUUCAAGACUUGCAGAAGGCUUGUCCAGAUCUACAGUUGUCAUCAUGCAAAAGAAACUCUGCCUCAAAAAAGGUGUCACCAUCUGCUACAUCUACGCCUGCCACAGGAGAACAGACUGCAGUAAUAAGGACUGUUUCUGAUCCUGGAGUUUCUUCAGCAUUAGAUAAUGAGCUUUGGUCUGAGAUGCAGCGCCAUCACAGAUUUCGAGAGGAACUUCGUCAGCGGAGAAAGCAGCUUGAAGCAUUAAUGGCUGAACAUCAGAAGAGAAGAACACCUAUAGAGCCAAGUUCUGCCGCUGUUGCUGUAUCUGUUAGGAGUGAUGAGUCAGUCACUGAAGGAUCCCAUCUGAACUGUAGGACUGAAAAAACAACAGCAACAUGGGGAGGGUCUUCCCAAUGUGCUUUAGAUGAUGAAGAAGUGGAUGAUGGUGGUUAUCCUUCAGAUGGUAUUCUUCAGGCAACAGAAGAGGAUGAAGAAGAGGAGUCUGAAACCAGUUCUCAAGAAAACUACUCUAUGUACCCUAAUCCUAGCAGAAGUCAAAAUGCAUGCUACAUGAAAGAAAAAAAUAGGCUGAAGAAGAAACGUUCAAUAUCUGUUGAUGGGAAUUACCGUCCUUCAGCUAAAUCACAGCAGCAGCAAAAUGUCAGCAUUCAGCGUCAAGAAAAUUUUCGCUGGGCGUCUGAUUUGUCUUACACAGAGGAGAAAGAGUAUUGGCAGGAACAAAUAAACCAAUUAAAGAAACAGCUGACAUUUAGCACAAAUAUGUGCCAGACACUGAUGCAGGACCAACAGACAUUGUCUUAUCUGCUUCAGACUCUUCUUACUGGUCCUUACAGUGUAAUGCCUAGCAAUGUGGGCUCACCUCAGGUACACUUAUUAAUGCAUCAGCUAAAUCAGUGCUACAGUCAACUGGCAUGGCAGCAGAGCAAUGUACAAAGGUUGAAACAUAUGUUGAAUGAUGUUCUUCACCAGCAACAGCAGCCACAGCCAAAGUCAUCAAGAAAGAAAAGGGACAGCAGUGGGCCACCUCCUCCAUCUCCUAAUAUUUAUUGUCCCUUUAGUUUUCCUUCACCACCUAUGAACUCAUUUCAAAUGAGUGGGAUUCCAAACUACACCUCCAUGGCACCAGUUUCAAGUUCAUAUCUUGGAAAGCAGUGCUGCUCAUUACCGUGCCUUUUGCAAGAUUAUCUGUGUUACAAGCUGUUAGUUAUUCUGUUUUAUGUAAUCUUUCAACAGGAUAAAGAAUCAAAAAAUCAGAGUGAGAAUUUUACAUACUCUGGAUUGUCCACAUGUAGCACAGAUACUGCGCUGACAAAGCAGAAAACCUUCAAGAAUUGUGAUCACCUGUUAACUUCCUUUGAAGCUAUUUCUUCUGAAGAAAUUUCUGCAGUCUCUAAUAACUUUCCAAUAAUUUCCACUACCCAUUCCUUAAAUUCUUCUCUUAACAGGAGUUGGAGGCCGACUGAAGAAGUGGAUUGUGUAGGAGCCACCUGGAUAAAUGAAGGCUGCGAAAGUGAAGCUGAAAGUAGAAAGUUACCCCAUGUGCAGGUGAAGUUGGCUGCAUCUUCACCCACUGUCACCCUUGGCAGCAUAAAGCAGCAGUGUACUGAUGGUAACAGUAGAAGGCGUCAAUUUGAUGAGGCAUCUGUGGAGAGUUUUAGUAGCAUGCCUGAUCCAGUGGAUCCCACAACUGUCACAAAAACAUUUAAGUCUGGAAAAGCAUCUGCACAAGCCAGCCUGGCAUCAAAAGACAAAACUCCCAAAUCAAAGACCGUGAAAAAGAGGAAAGGUUUAGUGCAGCAGAACAUUAAAGGAGCAAACAGUUUUGGCCUUGAAAGUGAAAGUGUAUCCAGUGCAAGUGAGUUAAGUAAAAACAGGAACCAGCCUCCUGCCCUGACAGAGGAAUCCCUAAAGAAGCACAGCUUCAAGACAAAGCACAGGGAUGACCACUUGGAAAAAAUCAUGAAACGAAAAAAGACCAUUGAUAUGUCGUCAGCAUGUACUAGGAGGGCACUGCACCAGUCUAACAGAAAUGCAUGCACUGAAGUACCAGAAACUGGAAGUGAUUUUUCCCUGUUUGAAACGCUGCGAGAUACUAUAUAUUCAGAAGUAGCCACCCUGAUUUCACAGAAUGAAUCCCAUCCACAUUUUCUAAUUGAAUUGUUCCAUGAGCUCCAGCUGUUGAAUUCAGAUUAUUUGAGACAGAGAGCCCUGUAUGCACUACAGGAUAUAGUCCCUAGACAGGUAUCCGAGAAGAAAAAGGAGCAUGAAUCUCCAAGAGCUGAGGAUUCAUCUGCAUGGUUGACCUCAAAUUCAGAACUUACUCCCAGUGAAAGUCUUGCUACAACUGAUGAUGAAACACGUGAUAAGAAUGAAAUCAAGCAAGCCCUUGGUGAAGUAGAGCAAAAGGAUGCUGAUAAUGUUAGUAUGCUAUCAACCUCUUCAAAUUUCGAACCUUUUGCCACUGAUGACCUUGGCAAUACUGUGAUUCACUUAGAUCAAGCACUGGCUAGAAUGAGGGAAUAUGAACGUAUGAAGCUUGAGGCUGAAAGCAACGAAAUUUCUGAGGGCUGUUGCAGUAACUUUAAGGAUGCGUCUGCUGAUGAAGAAGGCCAAGAUACAAGGGAUGACUGUCCAACAGAAAACAUUUGUGAUGCUUCUAAUAUCCAUUGUCCUCGUAUUGACACGCAACAACUGGACAAACAGAUCAAAGCCAUUAUGAAGGAAGUGAUUCCUUUUUUAAAGGAGCACAUGGAGGAGAUCUGCUCUACACAUUUGCUGACAUCUGUAAGACGAAUGGUGCUGACUCUAACGCAACAGAAUGAUGAGAGCAAGGAAUUUGUGAAGUUUUUCCACAAGCAACUUGGAGGUAUACUGCAGGAUUCUUUAGCAAAGUUUGCUGGUAGGAAGCUGAAGGACUGUGGUGAAGACCUACUUGUAGAGAUUUCUGAGGUGCUGUUUAAUGAACUGGCUUUCUUCAGACUCAUGCAGGACUUGGACAACAGUAGCCUUGGCACAAAACCAAAAUUUGAACGAAAGAAUGAUACUGCUGAUCUGAAAGAGUCUGACAACAGGGAGGAGAAGUGUAAAGAAGAUUUUUCUCCAUCUACAGAGGCGCUUGAAGAUGAAGAUAAAGACAGGGAUGAGACUGAGACACUUUUGGCAGAAGGACAAGAACUGAAUGGGCGUAAAGCAGAGAAAAAUGGAAGCUGUGUACCCUCUGAUCAGGAAGAGGAAGAAGAGUGCAAGAACUUCCCAGUUUCUAUUAGUUUAUCCAUGGCAGAGAGUCAGGCACUUACAAACUAUGGCAGUGGAGAAGAUGAGAAUGAGGAUGAAGAAAUGGCUGACUUUGAAGCAGGGCCUGUGGAUGUUCAGACUUCAUUGCUAGCCAACAGUGAAACAGCAGAAGAAAAGGAGGAGUUACUAGAAGCUGAAUCCCCAAAGGCUUCGAAGGAAUGUGAAAGACAUUUGGAACACGUGACCUCAGUCAACACUGCAGAUGAAAGUGAAGUCCUCCCUGAAUUGAUGGAGUCGAAGAAAAAUGAAGAUGCAGCUGUCAUUGCUGUGGUGGUUACCGAAAAUGAGACUGUCGCUUUACCAUGUAUUGGAGGAGGACAGUCUGGUGUAGCAGACGAUAUGCAAGCCGAAAACAAAUCAUCCACAAUAACUCCUGAAAGCUCUUUGACUGGUAGUCCUGACACCAACUCACCAGUAUUGGUUAAUGAAUUUGACCCUGGAUCAGGAAACGUGAGCCAAAAAUCUGAUGAAGAAGACUUUGUUAAUGUGGAAGAUUUGCCCAUCAAGUUGUCUGUUUUCUCUGAGAAUGAGUUAGUAAGCCGAAUGACAGAUGAAGAAUUAAAGAAUAACCUUUCUGUGGAGCUUGUAAACCCAAAUGGAAAGGAAACUGAAGAACUAGCUGGAGAUUCACAAGCAUUAAAGGCACCAGAUACUGUUGGAAGUCCUAUCAGCACAAGUUAAAGGCACCGUAUGUCUGGAUUAUUCAACACAUUCACUUAAAAAUUCAAACUGGCAUUGUAUUGAAGUUUUGUUUCAAGUGUUUUCUGUUUUUAAUGUAUAAAACUGUAAAUUAGUUUUUGAUGCACUGCCUUUUAAAACUGUUUUUCCACCUCCUUCUCCUGGUUGUACAACACUAGAUUUAUUUGCAAAUUAGAAAUAUGCAAAAUUCUUAAUGCACUGUUUUCCUCCAUCCUACUUCAUUAUUUUGUUUCAACUUAAUGUGUGUUAACGUCUUAGAUGGAGGAAGUAUUUUAAAUAGGUUUAAGUUGUACUUUUUAGUUUAAAAAUAAAUUUUUAACUUAUU